CCAAGGGUUACAAACAUUGAAUGCUCCGGCGUAUUUUACGGCCAAUUAUUUUCAAUGAUUUACAGUUAAGCCGAUUGCUUUUCAUGUUGAAUGGUCGAGAUACAGUAAACAAAUUACCGGUGAGGGCGGGGAACAUGAAAAAUGUGAGAUGUAUGAGCUGUGUCCUUAAUACGGCUGCGUAUUGUAUCAGCUGAUCGUGAUUGUUGACCAUCUUCGUUGCAGCGGAGAUUAUGAAAUUUUUGGCGGGAAGCAAUUAUUAUUAUUUCUCCUCGGCUGUGGCUGCACAUAACCAGGCUGUGCGAAGUGAAUAAGAAACACGGCUUUGACUGUCGUUGAGAGGAUUCCUCAGGGCUUGCAGUUAUUCAGAUACAUUAUUGUGAGAGGAAUGGUGGAAAGUCAAGAUGGAGGACCGCCUAAACCAGAUGAAUGCCGUCAUGCAGUCAAUGCAGAAAACAUUGGAAUGCAAUAUAUGCUUAGACCUGUUAAACCAACCUCUCACUACCAAGUGUGGUCAUUCAUUCUGUACUGAUUGCAUUCACCAAGUGGUUAAAAAUUCACGCAAUGCAGCCCAGUGCCCUCUUUGUUUGCGUCAUGUUACACGACGUUCGUUAGGGCACAAUAGAAAGAUUAUUGAAUUAGUGGCAGCUGUGAGGGAUAUUAUAGCCAGCAUUAAGAGGGACUGCUGUUUUGAAGUCACCCCAUCAAAAUACAGACCAAGAAGGCAGCCAGUGAUACCUUGUGAGGAAGAUGACUCAGAAAAUGAAGAGAAUGAUGAACCCAGGCGUGGGAUGAGAAAAAGAGCAGUAACAAGCCACUACAAUCCAGAAGUUUAUGUCCCUAAACCAAGGGCUAAACCUGCUAAACAGAGAAUUUUAGCCUCCAGUAGUGGUGAAGAGUUAAACCUUUGUAUAGAUGGCAAAACUGAAAUGACAGCUGUUAAUGCAGCACCAUUGCAUGGAGAGACAACCCUUCAUAGUUACAUAACCCAAGAGCAUUCUUAUUCAUCUCCUACUAAACAGGAACCACAUGAAAGGUCAGCACAGAUUAAAGGAAGUCAGCCUGGUAAAUCUAAAGGGAAAGUUGCAUCAAGAGGGAAAUCAAGAUCUCUGGCUGUGAAAUCAGGAAAAGUUGUAACCAAACCAAUUCACACUUACAUGAAUAAGGUUAACGAUGAUGAUCACAUUUCUGCAAGUCAGCAAGCUGACAAUAAAAUGGACUUCAAUGAAGCAGUCUUGAAUGGUGGAGAAGGAACAUCAGCUUCCCUAGGGUGUAAAUUAGAUCAUGAAACAAGCACUGACAAAGUCGAGAAAUGGCUCAAUAACAGUAGGGAAGUGGGUUUUCGUAUUGGUCUUAAGCAGUCCUCUGAUUCCAUGUUUGUUCCUAGUUCUGAAGGUUCGCAGUCCCUUCAUGUAAUUGAAGACCAGAAGGCUGUGAAAUCAUCAGCAGCAUUAUCAUUAUCAUCCUUAAAAGUGCUAGAUGGCACAAGUAGCUCAGAUAGCAAAGUAAUUAAAGGUAAAGCUCCUUGUGAUAUACAUGUUGGUGCAUCUGACUCUGCAAAUGAUAGUGGGCACACUUCAUCACAUUCCAAAAUGCCUAAAUUUUUUAAAUCAAAAGGAAAAAACAUAUUUGAUGCAGAUGACAAAGACUUUGAUAAAAAUGACUUUCAGAAAUUUGAUGUUGAUGAUAUAGAAACAGUAAUAUUUGAAACAAGAAAUCAAUUUAAAGGGACACCUGAUGACCCUUAUAAGUUUAUUCCAAGCCAGAAAACUCCAAAACAGAAAGUACAGUCAAAGAGAGGAAGAGUUACAAGGUUUAAAGCUCGGGGAAGUUUGAAUAUUACCAGAGGAAGAAUGAGGGUGCGUGGUCAGGGUACUAGAGCUUCGGUGCCAGGGGUUAUGGAAGAUCGUAGGGAUUCAGUAGCUGACUUUGGUUUGCAGAGUAGUACUGUUUCACAUACUCAAAGUACACCUGCUGUCAAGGGAAAGAAUCCUGUACAGGAGUUGAAUGUCAGUAUUAUAAAAAAACCUGAUGUUACAAUAAAUCAGAAAGGUCCACGUGAAUCUACAAUUGUUUGUACAAGAGACGAUGAUGAUGAUGAUGACUAUUAUGGUAUACCAGAUAGUUGCCCUGUCAAUACCAAGGAUGAAUUUGAUGAAAUGGUUAGUGAUGUUAAAGAGAAAACUUUAAGUAUUAGAGAGGAAAAUGAUCCCACUAAUCUUCAGAAUGAUGAGGAGGAAGAGAACCUGUUAUUUAUCACUCCUGCCCAAGGAACAGGGGAUUCUGAAGCCAAGGAUGGUGCUUUACCAGAUGUAGGUAAAGCGGAAUGUUUAGCUGAGAGCAUGCAGAUGAAAGAAGGUACAAAACGCAAUAAAUCUAAAAUUACUGAAAGUAAGAAAACCAUAGUGGCAAAUAAGAGCAGUAAACUAUCAAAGUCGAAGAAGGAAAGUUCAGAUUCUGAAAGCAGUAACCAUAGCAACAAGAGCAAUGUUGCUCAAAAAAUGUCCAAAGCUGUGAAAGCCAGAGAGGAAAUAGAAGCUAUUAAGGCCCUGUUUGAUGAAGUUGAUGAACAUCAGCUAAGCACAGUGUCAAUUGAUGAAGAUGAAAAACAAAGAAAAAUUAAAGACACAGCAAAAGAUCAUAAGCUGAGGCAAGAUAUAUCUUGGCAUAAUCAAACUUUAGAAAAUACUGAAUUGAAUAAGACAAUAACAGAGAAAAAAACUGUACCCAUGCCUCCGCCAAAAGCCCCCUUACGAAGUAGAAAAGUCAAAUUCCUCCCUGAUUUGUCAAAAACGCAUCCAGUUCCAAGUACUUCUCAUGGAAAUGAAUUAUCUACUUCAUCUAAAUCUGUCACAUCUGCAUCAGCAUGUGUUGCCAAAUCCUCAAGAGGUAGAGGCUUAAAUAAGCCUUCAGUUAAGACAAAUGUUCGCUAUGGUUCUGAAGCAAAGCAGAAGAUCUUGGAGCCAAAUAAGAUUCAAGCUGUUUCCAUAAACAUUAAGGACACAAAAUCCCCUGGGUGGUCACAUGUCACAGGAGCCCAGAAGGAUCUCAAAACACGUCAUACUAGCCUCAAUAUAACUGGGGGAGAGCAGCGGAAUGAAAGUGAUACAAAAUCUGAAAGUGUGACACACAAUCACACUUCUUAUAUCCCUAGUUCAUUGGAGACCAAUUUAAUAAUUGAUGAUCAGACUCAAGAAAAUGACAUAGAACAUUUACAGUCAUCUCAGAGUAAAGUUGAACGUGCUAAAAAACUGAAGCGUAUAGUACAACAACUGAGGGAAACUGAGGGUGAUAGGGCAGAGGUACCCAAACUGUGUGAAGACAAAAUUCCAGAAUCCAUCCAGGAACAAGUGCUGGAUCAGCAGAAUGAUGUUGACAAAGAGGAAAGUGUUGAGAAGAUACUUGUAAAAGAAAGAGAAAUUGAACAGGAAUCACAAGUUGGAAAGUCCUCAGCAAAUUACCCAACAGAAACAGAACCGUUUGAGUGCUCUGACUUACCCAUUGAUCCUCCAGAUCUAACACCAUCUUGUAUUACCAGUAUUGGUAAUACCCAACCAAAGAAAAGGAAAGCAGAUGAUGCUUCUUCAGAAGACAUUCAAAGCAGACAAACAAAGAAGCCUUCAAAGUUGGCUAGGAAAACAUUUGAUCUUAGGGGAAAAAGAGACAAUGGCAAAGAUGUGGAAAAACAUGUGAAAACAGCUAAAAAUGGAGCAUUGGGAUCAGCUAGAAUUUCAGCAAAUUUGCCUCAUAAAGAUAGAGAAAUAUUAGUAACUGAAUCUCCACUUUGUGCAGCAAACCCUCUUCAGAAAGAGAAAGCAUUAGGAACAACAUCUAAGCCUUGUGAUGAUAGUCAAGCAACCUCCAUUAAAGAUGUAACUAAACCAGCUUCAAGUGCUCCUUCAGAAUUUCAGAUUUCCCCAGCAGUUAGUGUUUCUUUAGAGGUACAACAAUCUGCAGCAGUCAAUGCCCCUUCCAGUUUUCGGCCUUCACCACUGUAUCCAGAUACUUUUCCAGAAAAACCACGACUUCCUCAUCAUACCAUAAGCCCCAGCAUGGCUUCAACAUCUCGAGCAAGUCUUCCAGAGGAAGUAAUUUUAGAUUCUGCCUCAACCUCAACAUCAUCUCUGGGUAUUCAAAGUUUCACUUCUCAUGUAAUCCCUUUCAAAAAAGUUGGAGCUUUAAGCACAAAAAGAUGUGUCACAGCAUCAGAAGAGGCUGCAAAACUUGAGUCAUGUGGUAGUUUUGUUAAGGAUCUGUGUCUUCAUUCUGUCCCAUGUGAAGUGUAUCAAGUUCUUAUGAAGUACAUGAAUUUAUUGUUGACAGAAAAGGAGCGUCACAGUGAAUGCUGCAGUGGUAAGGUUGAGUUGUCUGGGAGAACUUGUUCUUUAGGAUCUCAAGAACUGCCUAAAAUGGGUUCUCAUGAAAAACAAGUGAUGGUCAAAGAGGAUGUGAAUGUUAUGACUGAGAAAGGUGAUGAUGAAAAUAAUUCAGGGUGUGUAAAUAAUCAUCCAUAUGAUAGUGAAGUACCAAACAGUUGUGAUACAGAGGAAUUAGAAAUGGCAAUUCCAUUACCAGUGUCAGGUAUUGCCACUCGUUCAGCACGAGACAGGGGAAAGAGUAAUAUCAUAAGACAUUCUUUUGUAAAAGAGACGAGAGAGAAAAAGGAAUUGAAUGAAAAGAUAGGUAGCAAGUCAUUUUCUGCUACUGAUUCAUUGAAACCAAAGAGCACUGGUAGAGAUAAGGAAAAUGUGACUAAUAACAGAAGGAGUACAAGAGACUCGCAAUCAAGUCAGCCCACACUAAAAGUUAGUCAGAGCAAAGAAGAUAAGUCUGGUUGUCAUAAAGAAACUAGCCAGGAUGAAAAAGAGGUAGUAGAUCAGUGUGAAGCAGAAUGGGGACAAUUUGAAGAAGCAAGUGAACUUAUGAAAACAGAUGAACCUGAUAACAAUUGUAUAUCAGAAAUUUCUAGUAGCAUUGGUAAUAAAAGUGUUAAGCCAUCAAGUAGUACAAAAACCUCUUCCCAAGAUAGUGAGAAAUGUAUAGAAAAAGAAUUUGAUCAAGUAGAAGAUUGUGUACCUUCCAGCUGUGAAAUUGAUUGUAGUCAGCAAUCAACAAGUCUCUUAUCUGCAACUGAUCUGAACAGCGUGAAAUAUAAUCAUGUUUCAAAAAUUGAAGAAAAGUUACAAAAGCAAAAUCCAAAGAAUAAAGAAAGAAGUGCAUCUCUCAAAAUUAAUGCUGAUGUUGUAGAUAUAGAAAAAGAAAAUUUAAAAAAUAGGAGCAACUUGCAGUUAGCUAUAAACAGACCCAAAAGGAGACCUCUGCAAUCUGGGCUUCCUGAUCUUCAAAACAUUAUGUCACAAGGUUUCAGAGAUGCUAAGAGUCCAGUAAAUGAGAAAAUUGAAACAUCUCAGCUUGGACAGUUGUCACAGACAGGUUCAAAACUCUUAUCACAAAGACCCAGCAGUACCAAGUGUUUAGUUGUAAAUGAUGUAAAUAGUUCAGGUAGAUCAACAAGGGGAAAUGCUCCACUUGAUAAUAAGUCUUCUAAUUCCUUAGAAGACAGAGAAUUGAUUGCAAGUGGAAGUGCUUUAGAAGAUGAUGAUAAUUCUACACAGCGGAAAUUUAAAAGAAUUAAGAGGCCCGUGAGUAGCUCAAGCUCAGAAGAUAGUGACUCUGAAAAUAUUACAGUAACACGUAAGAGAAAACUAAAAGUUGUCUCAAGUGGUAGCGACAGGUCAUUUUCAGGUAAAAAAGCAAAAAUUGAUAGAAAGGGAGAAAAACAGGAAGGGCAACAUAUCCUUGAUUCUGAGGAAAUGACAGUCAUGGAAAGAUUUGAUCAAAAUGUAUGGGAAUAUUUUGGACACCCUGACAUGGACUUAAUGGAGGGUAAAGAAAAAGGUCAAGAGUCACCAAUAACCAUAGAAGAUGCAUCACAAUCAGAUAAACAUGUUGACCAACUUAUUCCAUCUGAUGAAGAUAUUCCUAAUACUGAUGAUGUAAUGAGAAAUGUUGAAGCAGAUCUGGCCUUGAUUAAAAAAAUGCGCGAGAAUAAAAAUGAUUCUCAAAUAACAGUUGACUUAUCCUCUCAGGUAUCUGAUCAUUCCUCAUUAAAUGUUCCAUCUCUGUCUGUGAAUACAAAGAGCUUAUUAAACAAAGCAGAUGGGAAUCUUUCAGUCGCAGAAAAUCUUUUGGACUCUGAAGAUGCCUUGUUACAGGAUUUCUGCACCCCUGUUGUUAAAGGAAAAAAAAUUUCUGUUAAAGCCACAUUAAAUAAUGUGGAGAGGCCCAGCAAGUCUUUUAGUACCAGUACAGUAACCAAAGCAGGAUUUGACGCGCAAGUAAUAGGAGAGUCAGAUGAAGAAAGUGAAGGGGAUUUGGAUAAUGUCAGUCAUGGCAGUGCACAUUCAUCGCAGAGUGAGGCAAUAAGCACUCAGAAACACAAACAAGUUCAGAGUGAGGUUGAGGUCUUAAAAGCACGAGUACGAGAAUUGGAAGCUGAAAUGAAAAAGAAAUCCAAUGAAAAGCAAAUUUCAGAUAAAAAUUCAAAAGGAUCAGAACAGCCAGUUAACCACAAGGAGACUAAGGAUGACAAAGGUCAUGAAUCUGAGGAAGAAUUGUUCUCAAGUCUUCCAGAUUUUAACCCCUCAACAGAGCCAUCUUUACCUCUAACUAAUAAACCCAGCAGUUCAGUUAGUUCCAGAUCCACUGGAAAGGCUGUAUGUCCACCUGUCCGGGAAGCUUAUCAUCUAGUUUGUACAGGUCUCAAUUCAAAUGAAAUGUUGAAAGUAGAUGAAUUUAUCAAGAGAGUAGCUACUGCUGGAUCAUCGUUAAAGAAAUCAUGGGCAUCUAAUGUCACACACGUGAUUGUUAAAACUGAUAAAGAUAUGCUUGCUCAGCGAACUCUCAAGUACCUUUAUGGUGUGGCAGCUGGAUGUUGGGUCAUUUCAUUACAGUGGGUGUUUGACUCGCUUUCUCUCAACAAAGUUUUACCAGAGAUUGAUUAUGAAGUAUUAGAUUGCACUGGAGCUCCUGGACCACGUCGGAGUCGAACGUACUUUAAACCUAUUUUUGAAAAUUAUGAGUUUUUCCUUAAACCUCCCUUUCUUGAAGUCUCUGUUGACCAACUCAAGGAUCUACUUGAACUUUGUGGUGCAAGAAUCAUAAAGUCUCCAGGAGAAUUCAGUCAGAACAAAAACGUAAUGAAGUUAAUUAUUGUCCAGACAGAUACUAAACAUGAUGUCCAAAGUUAUUUAACAAAAUAUCAGAAAGUUACCCUGGGACAUGACUGGAUCAUCGAAUGUGUUGGAAUGCAUUCUCAUGUCUGCAUUACCCCAUUUGUGGUAGGAAACCCACGCAAGCACCACUUUGCAUCUUCUGGAAUUCCAGCAGCACUCUUGGAAGAAAGUCAGGAGUUAUCAUGUUCACAGGUACUUUAAUGAUAUCUGUGAUAAGGAGCAUAAAUAAAUAAUUGCCUUAAUAGUGAGUUCUUGUGAUACUAACAGUGGCAAAAGCUUUAGUCGUAUUUUUGCUUUUGUAUUUAUAGCCUGAUAUGGAAGGCUGGAAACAGUGCAAGUCAAAAUUUAGUCUUUUGAUACACUAUACAAUAGGACUGUACUAUUUAUUUAAGUUUUGAAGAUAUAAUCAGUGAAAUUAAGCCUUAUUUUAAAAGGUGAAGGUGCAGAUAGUUAUAUAUAUAUAGGGAGCAUAUCAGUGGAAGUAAGGCUGAAGAAUCCAUAGUGCUUGAAAAAGGAUACAAGGAUACCCUUCUUACAACUGCAUAGGCAGCAGAUAUUCAUAUUGUUUUGUGUACAUGUUGUAAAUAAUGGCAAAAUUAUUUAUAGAUAUUUUAACCCUGUGUAUUGAAGAAUUUACUGUAUUCCUUGUAAGUGUGAAGUUCAGAUGUAUACGGUAAAAGUUACUCAUUUCUUUAGUUAUUGAUGUGUAGUAUGUGAUUUUCAUUUUAUAUUCAUACUUUAUAAGGAAUAUUCUUACUUCUUUCUUUCCUUUUGCUUGUACAUCUGUUCUGUCUUUGAUAAGGAAAAAUAUAUUUUGGUGUGUUUGCACAAUAUUGUGUUUUGAAAAUGAGAGAGAAGGCU